AUGUGCGUUACUGAUUAUUUCAGCCAGAGGCUUCCUUUUCAGCCAGAGGAACAGCCCAACACUGGCGCGAAAGUGUACCCGGGACGUCCCGUGGAGAUGGGCGUCAGGCAGUCUGCAGCCAGCGAUCUCUCCAUCGACCAGCCUCCCAUGACAGAAACUGUCCAGGGCGCUUACAAAAGCGGAGAAUUCGCUAAAGCCCAGGAGCUGAUUAAAACAGCAUGUCAGGAGAACCUCUUACAAGUGGAAAAGUGCCAUCUGUUGAGCAUUUCAGCUGCCUACGGGGACACACAAGCUGUGAAGUAUUUGCUGAAGGAAGGUUGUGUGACAUUACCCACAGAACCAAACGAUGACAACCCGGCAGUGCUGGCAGCAUAUUUUGGGCACCACAAUGUCGUGAAAGAACUGCUUGAUUCUCUUCUUGCUCCCAUCAACUCCCUGCAGCUUUUGAACUGGAUGCUGGCCAUCGCUUGCAAACGGGGUCACCUAGAGGUUGUCCGGCUCUUGGUCCGCAUGUACAGCGCCGACCCGGACAGCUGCGCCGUGCGAAAGAACGAGUUUCCAGCCCUCAUCAGGCUGCCUCUCUACGCAGCAAUCCAAGCAGGGCAUGAGGACGUAGCUGCCUUUUUGCUCCAGAACGGAGCCUUUUUUUGUUCCUACAUCCUGAUGGACUGCCCUGGUGAGAGCAAGAAACUUCUACGCAAAUACUUCAUUGAAACAGCAGCGUCGACCAGGAGUGCUCCAGCAGUACCAGCUCUGCAUGUGAACUGGUCGAACCUCCGUCUCCCUUGGGUGGAACUGGAUUGGCUGAUGGAUAUUUCCCCCCAAAUAACUGAGCUCGACCUCUCGGCCAACUGCUUGACCGCCCUCCCAUCUGUGAUCCCAUGGGGGCUGAUAAAUAUCCAGAAGCUAAACCUUGCCGAUAACCGACUGCAUGAGAUCGCCGACGUACAGUCUUCAGAUGGCAUCCUCUGUUCAAAGUUACUUGAGAUCGACGUGUCCGCCAACAGGUUCCAGAGCCUUCCUUCGGGAUUCUUGCACCUUUCCCGACUCCAAAGGGUCGUUGCUACCAAAAAUUACCUGGAAAGGUUAUUUGAAGAGGAGAACGCAACUAACUGGAUAGGGUUAAGGAAACUGAGUGAGCUGGAUGUCUCGGACAACCGGUUGGUGGAGCUACCCACUCAGUUUCUCCACAAUUUGAAAUCUCUGAACAUCCUGAAUGUGUCCAAGAAUAAUCUGAAAGUGUUCCCUCCGCCCUGGGUUUGCCCCUUGAAAUGUUGCAAAGCAGCUAAAAAUGCCUUGGAGUCCCUACCAGAUACCUUGGCUGUUUUCUGGAAAAAUCAUCUGAAGGAAGUCGAUUUUUCUGAAAAUGCCCUGAGCGAAGUCCCCCAGUGCCUCUUCCAGCUUGAAGCUUUGGUAUCAUUGAAACUUUCAGGAAAUCAGUUAACCGUCUUACCUUCCCAAGAAAAGUGGUCCUGCAGGCAACUGAAGACUUUGGAUCUCUCGAAGAACCAGCUUGGGAAAGCAGACGAAGGAGCCAAAACGAAGCUGAUUUCAUUUUUCUCGACGAGGAACAGAACUCGCGCUGGCGCUGAGACAGGUUCUACCUUGGAGUUUCCUGAAUACCUCUGCGAGUCUCUAGAAGUCCUCUGUCUGAAUGACAACCACCUAGAUGCCGUCCCCCAGUCGGUCUGCUUCCUCAAAGGGCUUUCUGAGCUUUACUUAGGCAAUAACCGAGGCAUCCAAGAGCUCCCUCCUGAACUCGGACAACUGUCUAAUCUUUGGCAGCUGGAUAUCGAGGAGCUAACGAUUGCCAACCUGCCGGCUGAGAUCAGAAAGGAAGGCCCCAAGACCAUCUUAGCUUUCUUACGGGCCCAGCUGCGGAAAGCGGAGCCGUGCCACCUGAUGAAGAUGGUCGUGGUGGGCCCCCCGCGGCAGGGGAAGUCUGCGCUGAUCGAAAUCCUCCAGACGGGAAAAGCCUCCCAAACGAUGCCCAGCGACGUCACCAUCCGGACCAUGAAGUGGGAGCUUCAGAAACCAGCCGGAUUCAAAUCGAAGGUUGAUUCAGUGGAGUUUAAUGUCUGGGAUAUCGGCGGCCCCGCCAGCAUGUCGACAGUCAAUCAGUGUUUCUUCACAGACAAAGCAUUGUACGUUGUCGUCUGGAACUUGGCACUGGGCGAGGAGGCCAUUGCAAAUCUUCAGUUCUGGCUGUUGAAUAUUGAGGCCAAGGCUCCGAAUUCAGUAGUGCUGGUUGUCGGGACACACCUCGACUUGAUCGACACCAAAUUCCGCGUCGAGAGGAUCGCUACCCUGAGGGCCUACGUUCUGGCCAUCUGCCGCUCUCCUUCUGGCUCAAGAGCCACCGGCUUCCCCGAUAUCACUCUGAAGAAUUUACACGAGCUCUCGUGUAAGACCCUGGAAGGCCUGGAUGGGUUCCGCCAGCUGAUUUACCACAUCACUUGUAACAUGAAGGAUGCCGGCAGUUCUAUCUGCUCACAGAAGCUCGUGGGAAGACUGAUACCAAGGAGUUACCUGCGCUUCCAAGACUCCAUCAAAGCAGAACAACAGAGAAGAAGCCAAAAAGACAGAGUCCAGUACCUAACAGACAAGGAAAUAGAGAACAUCGUAGACGGAACUCCAGGAAAUGACAUCAAGGACUAUGAGGAUUUGCAGUCUGCCAUCAACUUCCUGAUCGAAACGGGGACUUUGCUGCACUUCCCAGAUACGAGCCACGGGCUGAGGAACCUCUAUUUCCUCGACCCGGUCUGGUUGUCGGAGUGUCUGCAGCGAAUCUUCAGUAUCAAAAGUUCCAAAUCGGUUGCCAAGAAUGGGGUGAUCAAAGCCGAGGACCUGCGGAUGCUGUUGGUCGGGACAGGCUUCACCAAGCAGACGGAGGAGCAGUAUUUCCAGUUCCUUGCCAAGUUUGAAAUUGCACUCCCGGUAGCCAACAACAGUUAUCUCCUACCUCAUCUGCUUCCUGCCAAGCCGGCUUUGGACAUCCACGGCUUACGCCACCAGAUGGCAAACACCAUCCAGAGGGUAUUCAAGAUGAGUUUCGUUCCUGUCGGCUUUUGGCAAAGGUUUAUCGCUCGGAUGCUUAUUAGUCUUGCGGAGAUGGAUCUCCAGUUCUUCGAAAACAAGAAGAACACCAAGAACAGGAGGAAAAGCACCAUUAUCUAUAGCUUCACAGGCAGACAGCGAAACAGGUGCAGCACAUUCCGAGUGAAAAGGAAUCACACCAUUUAUUGGCAGGAGGGGCUGUUUGUCACCUUUGACGGAGGCUAUUUGAGCGUGGAGUCUUCCGACGUGAACUGGAAGAAGAAGAAAAGUGGUGGAAUCAAAAUCAUCUGCCAGUCAGACACGAGGGAUUUUUCCGCAAUGGCUUUCAUCACCGAUCACAUCAACUCUCUGAUAGACCAGUGGUUUCCUGCGCUUACGGCUACAGAAAGUGACGGAACUCUCCUCAUGGAGCAAUAUGUCCCUUGCCCCGUCUGCUCCACCCCGAAAAGUCAAGACGGGAACAGCCAGCAGAUAGAAGACAUGCAGUUCUUCAACAUGGAGGACUGUGUUCUCACUGCCAUAGAGUUGGACACCAUCACCUGUCCCAACCACCCGGAUACCCCCGUCCCAUUGGAGGAGCUGGUCCCGGAGCUUUUCAUGACGGAUUUUCCUUCGAGGUUAUUUUUGGAAAACAGCAAACUGGAAUACAGCAAAAACGAAAACAAUAUCCUUGGCCAAGGAGGAAGCGGAACGGUUAUAUAUCGGGCACAGUACCAAGGGAUACCGGUGGCUGUGAAGCAGUUCCUGAUGAAAAAAUGCAUGAGUUCUGCGUGUUCAGCCACAGACACGAUGCUGAGGCACCUGCGGGCCAUGGAUGCCAUGAAGAACUUUUCCGAGUUCCGCCAGGAAGCCAGCAUGCUCCACUCUUUGCAGCACCCGUGCGUCGUCUCCCUGAUUGGGAUCAGCAUCCACCCGCUCAGCUUUGCUUUGGAGCUGGCCCCGUUGGGGAGCCUCACCACCGUGUUAUCCGAGAACUCCAAAGGGGCGUCCUUUGUGCCACUGGGACACAUGCUAACCCUGAAAGUAGCGUACCAAAUAGCAGCGGGACUGGCCUACCUCCAUAAGAAGAAUAUCAUCUUCUGUGACCUGAAGUCAGACAACAUUCUGGUGUGGUCCCUGGACGCGAAGGAAAGCGUCAACAUCAAGCUGUCGGACUACGGGAUUUCACGGCAGUCCUUCCACGAAGGGGCUCUCGGUGUGGAGGGCACGCCCGGCUACCAGGCCCCAGAGAUACGGCCUCGCAUAGUCUACGAUGAAAAGGUGGACAUGUUUUCCUUCGGGAUGGUGCUGUACGAGCUGCUGUCCGGCCAGCGGCCCGUCCUUGGGCAGCACCAGCUUCAAAUCUCCAAGAAGCUUUCCAAGGGCAUCCGCCCUGUCCUGGGCCAGCCGGAAGAGGUGCAGUUCCACCGGAUGCAGGCUCUGAUGGUGGAAUGUUGGGACACUAAACCCGAGCAGCGCCCGUUGGCCAUGUCCGUGGUAGGACGAAUGAAAGACCCCACCUUUGCUACCUUCAUGUACCUGCUGCCGUGUGGGAAACAGUCGUUGUCCUUCUUUUCGCAAGGGCAGGAGUACACGGUGGUGUUCUGGGAUGGGAAGGAAGACACCAGGAAUUACACGGUCGUGAAUACGGAGAAAGGGCUCAUAGAAGUCGCGCGGAUGAGCUGCCCGGGGACCAGACUUUGCUGCCAACUGAAAGUGCAGAGCUCUCUGUGGACGGCCACUGAGGACCAAAAGAUCCACGUGUACAGUUUGCAAGGCAUGUGUCCUCUCAAAGCUCCCCAGAAGGGCAUCGACACCCCAGCGGCUGUCACCUGUCUGUUGGCAGUGCCGGUUGUAAAAAAGAACUCCUACCUCGUGCUGGCUGGCAUGGCCGAUGGACUCAUAGCAGUCUUCCAAGCCUUGUGCGGCGUCCCCGAGAGCACCUGCCGCUACCUGUGCUCCCGCUCGGCUAACCACUCCAUGUUCAUGAUCGGCGACGAUGAUCCCCGCCAGAAUCCGUACCCCGUGAGAGCCAUGGAAACGGCAAACAGCAGCACGGAGGUCUGGUACAGCAACGGCCCCGGCGUCCUCAUCAUAGACUGCACGACCCUGGCGAUCACCCGGCGAUUGGAGCCCUACAACGCCCCGUCCACAGUCGUGUCUAUCGCUUGCAGCUCGGAGUGCGACGGGGAGGAGGUGGCUUGGUGUCUGGACGACGAGACCAACUUCCUGGUCAUGUAUUACACCGCCACCUACCAGCUGUGCGCACGCUACUUCUGUGGGGACGGCAGCCCGCUGAGGGACAUGUUCACCGUUCAGCAGCCCUCUGCCUUGAUGUCCACCACGACGCUAGUGGCAAACAGGACUGCCACUCCCGAGCGCAGCUCUCUGUCUGACGUCAGCAUCCUCCACAGCCCGGAGCAGGGCACUCAGAUAUUAAACCACCAGGACUCCCUAACGGACUACUGUUCCGUGUCCUCGCACACCCCCUCAGUGACCCACAGGGUGACGAGGUCUCCCUCGAGCCUGCCCAGUUCCCCCAUGAGCUCCUCCAGCGUGCCUUUCUCGACGGACUGCGAGGAGCCCGACAAGUCCGAGGAAGCCGGCCUUUCCCCCGAGAGGCCGGGAAACGAUUUGGGACCCGCCAGCGAUAGUGCAGGGCACCUCCAGGCUGUGACGGUCCUUCCUGUGAAAGACCUCAUCUGGAUUCCCAGGCGAGGCGGCGAUAUCCUUGUGAUCGGCCUGGAGAAGGAAGGCCACUCUCAGCGGGGGAGAGUGCUGGCUGUACUGAAGGCUGCGGAGCUGGCUCCCCACGGGUCCCUGGUGGAUGCGGCCGUCCUGGCGAAGGACAUGGUUGCCUGUUGCUUCAGCAGCGACGACACGGACUACUGCGUGGCUGUCUGGAAAGGCUGGGGGGCCAAAGAUUUCGACGUCUUCUACAAGUCCUACGAAGAACUGAGCAGGCUCGAGGCCUGCAUGAGGAAAAGAAGGUAGCGGCGGUGGACCGACACGAAGCAGCCCCCGCGAGAAGGUUGAAUGGGCAGAAAACUGGGGAAACUGACACUGCGUACAUUUUCCAGAAAUAUGGACGCCUUGCGGGAGGAGGGGGGUGUUGUCUGCUGUUCC